GUACAGUAUGAUGUCCCACUGAACCAAUGCAUGAACAUGUGGUUCAUGCAUGUUGGUGCUCCAGCAUAUUUUCAUUUGUGAGUGCUCUGGCGCCUAUCUCGGACGUAUAGUCAACAUUGGACUGCAUUGACUCUAAAGACUGAGGAAAAAAUAUAAAUUUUUUGGAGCACUAGCUUUAUUGAUUCGAAUUGAUUCACCAGCAGACUUUCAAAAUGGCUGACGAACAUACAACUGAAGUUACAAGAAUGGGGACAAGAAGACAAACAAUGCUGAAUGUGGAAAAAAAUAAGGAAGAACAAAAUGGACAACAAAAUAAUACAGAAAAUGAAUGUGAAGAACCAUUUGCCUGCUGUGGCUGUAACAGAACAUUUAGCACUCAGGCAGGUUGCAAAAGGCACAUGCGUUACUGCCCAGCUGCUGAUGGGUCAUUAUUUGUAGUGGACAAAAGGAACAUUAAUGACUCUAGUGCACAUGAGAACAAUCUAAGAGGCAGCCAGAGUUCAGAGGAAAGGGAAGUUGAUAACCCACCAGAAUCACAAGAUGGUGGCAGCCUUCAACAACAGAUGAAUGGCAUGAUGCUGGAUAAAGUAAAUGGUCUUAUAGACGAGACCUCAGCUUUGGGUCCAGGGAAAUGUCAUUGCUGUGGUGAAGACCUUGACACUGCACACUCAGGGGGUGACUUUGAAUGUGUUGACUGUUCUAAAAGCUUCAAGUUGAAGUCUAGUCUCGAGAGGCACAGAAGAGUGAUUCAUAUGGAAGGAGAAACAUACGCAUGUGUAGAGUGUAAUGCAAGAUGUCCAGACAAAGGAACUCUUGCACGGCACAUGUAUACUCAUACUGGUCUGAAACCCUACUCAUGUACACGGUGUCAGAAAACAUUUAGUAGAAAAUAUCAUUUAGAGAGACACGUUUCACAAACAGGCUGUGAUGGGAAGUCAAGGACUAAUUUUCCAUGUCAGGUGUGUGGGCGAAUGUUCAGCCGCAAAGAUAAUUUGAGGCAGCAUCUACGUGCUCAUGCAGGUCAGGUGAUACGCAAGAAGACUUACACUUGUGAACAUUGUCAUCGAGAGUUCCAGGGUGCUACACUCUUGCAGGUUCAUUUGAGGACCCAUACAGGUGAGAGGCCAUAUGCAUGUGAUCUCUGCCCAAAGAGAUUUCCUUCAAGUGGUGCAAUGAAGAAACAUCGACGGAUGCACACAGGCGAGCGGCCUUAUGAAUGCAAGGAGUGCUAUGCCAAAUUUGCAGCACGGGAAACAUUAAAUCGUCACAUACGUACGCACACAGGUAUCAGGCCUCAUAUCUGUCAGUUUUGUGGCAAGAGUUUUAUACAGUCUUCUCAGCUUCGAGCUCACAUCUUCCAUCAUACAGGUGAAAAUGGCUUUACAUGUGUUCACUGCAGCAAGGCAUUCAAUCGCAGAUCUCGUCUUCUAAUGCAUGUGAAAUAUGUUCAUGAAGGUGCAAAACCUUUUGAAUGUGAGCAAUGUCCAAAAACAUUUGUUCGAAAGGAAGAUUUGGCUCGUCACACGAUUCUUCACUCAGGUGUAAAAGCACACAAAUGUCCAAUUUGUCAGAAGAACUUCGCAAUGAAAUCUUCAUUGAAGAUACAUCUUCUGACACAUACAAAGGAACCACCACGUUCUUGUGAUGAAUGUGGAAGAGCAUUCAUUCGACAAGACUGUUUACUUCGUCAUAUGCGCACCAAGCAUAGAGACAUGCUGGAGGAGAUAUUGGCUGAAACGGAAAAGAAAAAACUGCAACAGCAGCUUUUGGCUGCAGCAGCAGCUCAAGGCACUGGUGGGACUGGUGUGGGUGUGAAUGGCAGUGAGAGUGAUGGAGGUUCUGGUGGUCCUGGUAGCAUACCAUCACUCAGUGAAGCUGCUCUCGCUGACUCAGUCCGUGAGCUCCUGGCACUACUGGUUGAUGAAGCCACUCUAAAGGCUUUUGGAUGGCCGGAAACGCAAGUGGACCAGUUGUUGGAAGCAGUAAUUCGUCGAUGUGGCCAUCAACCUGUUACCUCAGAGGAACUGUUGUACCCAGAUAGACUGCGUGAAAAUGCCAAACUGCUGUUCACUGUUGUCAUAGAUGACUCUGCUGUCAAGACUUUGCUCAACAAUCAGACUGUUGAUGAAGUCAUCUUGCACGUACUUCGUCUCGCCAAAUCAUAAAAAAUGUGUGUGUGUGUGUGUGUGUGUGUGUGUGUGUGUGUGUGUGUGUGUUAGUUCCUCUGUCACUGACAUAUUUUCUAUUCAAACAGGAGACACUGAAUUCAUUUCAGUCAUUUGAGAGGUAUAUUUUGAUUGCAUUUGGUGCCUUUGAUUGGCUGCUCUUCUUUUUCAUCCUUCUUCAGUAAAGACACUACAUCCAGAGUUUGAAGUCAAAGAUAUUGUUAACACGAGUGUAGGGGUUCAUUGUAAGAACAUUGUUGUUUGCUUACUGCUGGAUCAUAAAGGAUUUAGCCGUAAAGUUUGAGUUAAGCUUUCACAACUAGUUCUAGUUUUUUUUUUCCCCAGACUUGCAUAACAGUUGAUAGUUGCAUUUACUAGUGGAUUUAUCCUCUCUUUCUUAUACUCAAAUCAUUCACAUUUACACCAUUCAAUUGAAAACUGCAUUCCAUUGUGUGAGAUUUAUUAAUUAUAAAUAGCCUUGUCUUCUGUUUCCUCCAUUAUGUAAAAUAAUUCGAGUAACUAAUUAGUUCCUGCAUGGUGCAAGGGAAUAUCUCUUUGGCAUGAUCAAAAGUUUCUGUCGAAUUCAGAUGUAAUCAAGAGAUGCUGCCAUUUCUCAGGCCUGCACAGUUGCAGAGAACACGCAUAUUUGUAAUGAGACUGGUGUAGAUUAUCUUGAGGGACCAUGAAAUUCAUUAAGUUUCUUCUUUCUGAAUAAAAUAGUAAAUCCUAUUUUCAUGAAUUUCAAUUACAUUUUGAGUAUACUCAUUGCCUUGACUGAUACUGAGAGCCAAGUGACAACUAGGAGCACUAAUAGGGAAUAAAUUUUCAUGUAAAAGAAAAUUAUGACAAAAGAUUUGACCAUAUUUUUAUAUAUGAAUGAUGAAAUGUAAGAUAUGAACUAUUUUUUAAAUUACUCAGCUGUCACUUUUACAAAUAUCAAGUAUUUUUAUGCUAAAGUGCACGGUGUAAAUCCAGUUGUCUCAAAUUAGUGGCACUUCCUUAUAACAUUGUUACAGGCACAUGUGAAACAGCAGUAGACAAAGAUUUGUAAUGGUUGUUUGAGAGAUUAGAGCAUAUUUUUAUAUUUUGAUAGGCUGUAUUUUUACUUUGAAGAACUUUCAUGAUUACAUUUAUUAUAUUCUCAUUGCAAGUUUUUCUUCCAUGAAUGAUGCAAUAAUCAUUCAAGAUUGGGAAGUAAAUAUAUAUUUUUAAAUGCAAAAACUGCUACUUUACUGUGUGUUAUGACAGUAAAAUAGAUUUUUAUGGAGAAGAGAUUGGACAGGGACAUCAAAAGUGUCAGAAUAGGAGAUGUUAACCCAAGCCUUACAAGAAUUACUUUUCAUUAUUGAGAGAUAUUUUGAGGGAAUGAAAGUGUGGAACAUAUUUUUUAAAGAAAUGUUUUAUAUUUGCACUGUAUAUGCUUCCAUGUUAUAGUACUUACUACGUAAUAAGUAUUUAGAGUGUGUUGUUAACUAGCAGUCACCGUGAAAUCAAGCAGUUGGGUAUAUAUUUGUGGAGAGUAAGACUGCUGGCUUUUUUUAAAUAUCCAUUUGAUACAGGUGCUGCUUGACAAGUGAUUGCUGGAUACCACAAAGCACGUUAACUUGGGAAAGUAACUUUCUCGCAAAUAUUGUAGUACUAAAUUUUUCCUCAUAGGUAACACACUGUAGUGUGUGAUGCAUGACACAUGCAUAUAUUUGUAUGUUGAGUUGACUUGCUUUUUAGAUAUGCACACUGAUGAAAACUGAAACCUUAAGCAGCUUAUUUGUCUCAUAUAAAUUGGAUCCAGAUACAGAGAGAGAGAGAGAGAGAGAGAGAGAGAGAGAGAGAGAGAGAGAGAGAGAGAGAGAGAGAACUGCGUAAGUAGUUAAAGAUUAACCAAAUGUUGGUUUAUUGUUAACUUUCCUUUUGUAUGAAUUGAACACAAUCAACUGGCUCAUUUUCAGUGAACUGGUGAAAGAAGUGAAUAAUUUCCUACCUCCUCCUUAACGUAACCUAACCUAACCUUGUCUUUAAAAGUAAGAGAACUUCCUCUUGAAUACCUCGAGGUAUCUCUUCAUCUUCACAUGAUCUGUGUGAAAAUAGGCUGUACUGUUGCAGGUUGCAUUGCCUGCAAAGGACAAGAACUAGAACCAUUGUCAGAAAUUGUUAGAGGUUGAUGUGUGUAAUAGGUUGGUUCAGUAUCACUAGUAAUAAUUUUGGGUAACCGACAAGGUUGGGAAAACUGACAUGUUUAGAGAAAAUAUCAUGAGAAAGAAGUUUUAUUAAAAAUCUGUGUGUAUCUGUUAAAAUUUUAUGUAUGUUUGGUAUAAUUCUGUUGCGUGUAGAGUUGUGUUGCUUUAGUUUUCACUAUUUGGUUCUCUCAGAGCUUCCCACAAAUGGAUAUGACUGUUAAACUGUUUUCUGUUCUUUUAAGAAUUGGGAGUGCAGCUUCCACUUGACAGCUGAAAAUUUGACCAACCUCUGUUUAAGCAAUAGUCUCAGCAUUGAGGUGUUGUAGUCUGGAAUGUUGUUUCAUAUUCAUAACAGUUUCUGCUUUUUAUAGAUGUACUUUGUAUUAUGCCGGCUUUGGUUAAAUGCACUGUGUUGUACCAAUAAUGCUUCUCUUGUCUGUUGAUGUUUAUUACAGUUUCAACCCACAGUUACUUUUCUAACAAUUUAAUAAUGCUAUGAGUGUCACACAAUGCUCUUUUUCAUAAAGUGUGUUCAGAUCACUUGUCUUGAUACUUGGUGCACUUGUGACUUCUGCACUUCAUCAGUCGUAUGCACUGUCAUUCUUGUUAGCAUUUCAAAGUUAUCACUCUCAGCAAUGCAUUAUACAUAUGCGUUUUGGAUCUCGUAAGAAAAAAGCAGUGUGAAACCCAAAUGUUGCUUUUUAAAGGAUACCGAAAGUGCUUUGGACAUUUUAUCAAGAAGCUACACAGAAGUCAUGACAUGCAAUUUCCAUGCAAGACAAAACAUUGCUAGUGCUCUGAUUAAGUCUUUCCCCCUCCCCCCUCUGUAUAUCAUGAUGUACAUAUCAGGCAGUAUUUUUACUCCGUUCUCACAGUAACUCGAGUAACUUUUAUAAUCCUCAUAGUACAUCAUGGAAUCUACCCUGCCUCUUCUACCAACUGAGAAAGACAAGGACUGCAUAGUAAGUUGCAGAAAUUAAGGCACUGGAUUAAUAGAAUUGAAAUUCAUGUAGCUGUUUUCUGCCCUCAUCCUUCUGCCUCCAAGGUAGUGCUCCAUUUCUAAAUGGCAAUAAUACCAGCGAAAUAUUGAACUUAAACCAUCAGUGUUUUCUUCUGCAUUGUGGUAAACUGUAUCAUAGAGUGAGUCAUGGUUGUUGGGACCCCUAAUGCUCAUGUGAAGUGAAGUUCACACUCCACGGAUUACCCAUUUCUGAUGAGAUUAUUUAAUGACCAUCAUUCUUCAAAUUACAUUGAUUGAUUUCCACAGCUUUUAUAAUCACAAUGAUUUACAUGUGAUCACAUAUUGUCAGUUACAUAUUUCAAUGCUCUACAAUGGAAAUACUUUCAUUUGAUUAUUUUAAUAUUUCUUAAUUAUCUGUGGACCAUCACUUUCUGUUACAUCCCAUUUGAGCAAAGAGUGUGGCUGAUUUUAUACUGUAUUGCUUAAAAGUCUUUGAAUUUCUCUUCCUCUUCUUGUACUCUUUUUUUUUUUCUUUGGACAAACAAAAUUGUUCUGAAAGCAUUACAUUCAUCUUCUUUUUAAGGAGCUUUCAUUCUUCGUUGUGGGAUACCAGUUUUAUAUACAUAGAUGUAAUGGAUAAGAUUUAUGAUAUUAGUUGUUGCUUACUUCAUCCCUUUUAUUGCCAGGUACAGUGUGCAUCCAUUCUUUAUGUUGCAAAUCAUUGAUUCCAUCUUGCACCAAACCAUUCCUUGUAACAGCACAAUAACUGACAGCUAAGAAUACAUGUAAUUGAAAUUCCCGAUAGAAUACAUGGUAUUGCAUGAUGUAUGAGUUUCUUUUCCACUCUUGACAGUUAUUUAGGUUGUAGAUGCUUAUGUAAAAUUUAGGUUCUGCUAGAUUUUAACAAAGUUACUAGUUUGGCAAGAGGAUACAAUGGGUAAUUUAAGGGAGAAAAAUGGGUGGAGUGAUAUACUAAACCACCAACUCAGAUUAAGUACAUAGAGAAUAAGCAUCUUCAAGAAAAGAAUUCUAAAAGGAAGAAAACUAUGUCAAUUGUAGGUAGGCCUGUGUUACUCUGCUAAGGAUCUUAAUCAAAUAUUCACACAUUCACCCAAAUACAACUCUUACUCAAGUGAAUACUCUCUCAGGGUGCUGGUGCCUGACUGCGACUGCGUCUGUCAGAGCAGCAGUCUCUGUCAGAAGCAGUCACAGUCAGGCUCCAUCAUUCUGAGACAGUGCCCAUGUAUGUACGAGUUGUGCUUGUGCGAAUGUGUGUGUGUUUUAUAUGGCAGAAGAACUUAAAAAGCUGUAAUAUUUUAGCAGUUGUAUUCAUUGUGCUUGUCUACAACUCAGUACCUCCUCUGUUGUGAUGAGUAGUAAUAAGUCCUUUGCAUAUUGCUGUUAUUCCAUCCUUGACUUCCUUUUAUUUGAUUAUGUCAAAUAGUUUUUGUAAAAGCCUUUUAUGAAAACUUUGACAGUGUACUGGGGUAUAUUUGUCUUAUGUUUUAUGAAAGUUAUAAUGUGGGCUUAGAUUUUGUAAAGGAUUUGUCAAAGAACUUUUACAGUGUAAUAUUUGCCUUAUUGUAUAUAAUCAUACAUAAAAGGUUCGAGUGUAGAUGAUAAAGAAAUUAUUAAUGUUUGUCAUAUGUUUAAAUAUUUCAGUUGUAUGUGUUCCCCCCCCCAACCCCUCCCCCCCU